UGAGGCCAGGGCCAGUAGACUAUUAACUUGUAUUCUCUAUAUAUUCCCAUUUUAUUAGUAUAUAGGUGUGAUCAGACUAUAGCUAGCUGGCAUAUUUUGCAUUAGGAAUAUAACUAUAAAUAGAUCUAGCUGAGCUAAAUAAUAGUGAUGAAUUUGUGGAUUCUUGCUGUUGCUGCUGCUCUGGUGGUGCAAGUGUCUGCACUGGUUCCAACAUGUCAAUCACCAGAUCCCCAUGGUUACUGCAUUAGCCAGGGUGUUGACAACUGUGCACCAGAGGAUCGAUUGGUCACCUCGUCAACUGACCAAUGUCGAACCAGUUUCCGAUUUUCACCUGAUCCUUCCCCCAGAGUGGGAGCUGAUGUUUGACUCUUAUGACUACGAGAGCUUAGUGGGGCCAGUGUUUCUCAGCAGAGAGUUUGACAAUGAUGGAGAUGUGUUGGCAGUGGCUGAUCAGUGGGAGGAUCGAGGUGGUAUCUGUCAGCGUGGUUACUUCAACGUCUCCUUCAGAUUCACUCAGUGUAAUGGUGCCUGUGUAAAUAACUUUGCUGAUCUAUACAGAUAUGACACAAACAGCAUUGCCUCGGAGAGUGACAGAACAGACAGAAGCAAUUACCUCUCCACUCCGUUGUUUGGAGAGAUGACAACAUCUCGAUUGGAUCAGACAGGGAGCAGUGGGACUGUUUCAGAGACUAGAACUCUUACCAUUGCUUCUCCCUCCUCGAGAACCUAUGGAUUCCAUUUUGGCAUCAGAGACUCUGGAAAUUGGGGCCAAAUUAACCGAAUCUACUUCUACUACACACCUUGUAAGGAACGACAAGAUGGACUGGUCAGCUAUCCUGAGCUUGUUCGUGCCCCCAGCGGCUCUCCACCAAACGAGGGCAUGGCUUGCUGUGCUCCCAACUCUCACCCCACCACCUCUCUCACCUUCAGAGCUCACAGUGCCAGUGAUGGAAGAUGCGAACACAACGUAAGGUGUGAGUGUGAUGCUGGGUACGGAUUCAAUGAAGAUAGAACAGAAUGUGAAGUGUGCCCUGCUGGGAGAUAUAGUUCUAAUGAAGCUUGUCUCGAUUGCCCAAGGAACACUGUAAUGGAUGUGGAAGGUGCUGCAAUGUGCCAGUGUUUGGAUGGAUUCCGGAGACCCACACCGGACCUUUCAUUGGAUUGCACACCUCUAAGCGACCCUGUGAGAAACCUCCGCGUGACAACCACCACUUUAACUAGUGUUACUCUCUUAUGGACCAGACCUGAGGUUACCGGAAAUGGCUUAUAUUACUUCAUCGUGUACAGUGACCCUGACAACACUGGGUCGUUUAUACUCAGCAAUGGAAACUAUGUCAAUUCUGCACUCACAGUCUCCUACACAGUCCCUAACCUGCAUCCCAACACACCAUACACCAUACGAGUGACUACUCACAAUGGAGUCAGCGACCAAGACACUGAGAAUGAAGCUCUGAGGAGAGUGGACCUCCCAAUCAGGACAGAGGAGGGGGUUCCAAGUGUCCCACGAGAUGUCCAAGUAUUCUCAGGAGUUGUUGUGUGGGGACCCCCAGCUGAACCUAAUGGAGUUAUCACUGGCUACCAGUUGAGGUUUUCUGGAUCCUUCACUUGCACUGUCAACAAGUUGCCAUCUGAGAGCUAUCACGUUGUUACUGACGAUAAUAUCAGAAAUCUCGGCAGUAAUAUUCAAGUUUUAGUACGAGCAAGGACAUCUGCUGGCCCUGGAACAUACAGUAGUCUGAUACAGUACACAGGAACUCAACCUACAAUGGCCCCCACUACGUGUCCUCCUGAGAUCACAUGCCCUACAUGCUCCCCUACAAUGACUCCACCUAUAUGCCCUACGACAGAACCAUCCACUCCUUGUCCAACUUUCCCUACUACACCCACCACGUUAGAUAAUGUGCAUUUCAUGUUGAGUGGGAGGAUGUACACUGAUGGAGACACAUUGCUGAUCACUGAUAUUGGAGAGGAAGAUAACACUCUGUUGUGUGUGACUGACAAUACUGAGUGCUGCCGCACAGGUGGCCGUGGAGAGUUCUUCUAUCCUGAUGGUAGAGCUGUCGGCUUCUCCACAUCAAACUCCAUAUACAGGAACAGAAGAGAACAAGUUAUUGGUCUCAACAGAAGAAACAGUGCCACCUCUCCACUGGGUAGAUACAGAUGUACCAUCCCUGAUGCAAGUGGAGUGACAAGAAGCAUCUUCAUCAACAUAGCAUCAACCAUGCCUCCUGUGAUGACGUGUCCAACUCUCCCCACACCCACUGACUGUCCAACUGUAACUACAACCACCUGCCCAACUUGUACCGAAGCCUCGUGCCCUACAUGCCCCCCUACAGUACCCCCUCCAAACUGUACACCAGCUACCCCCUGUCCUGAGGUUACAUGCCCCCCUACAAUGUCCCCUACCACCUGCCCAUCACCUACCCCCUGUACUGAAGUCUCGUGCCCUAUGUGCCCCCCUACGCUGCCUCCACCCACAACAGAACCGUCCACUCCUUGUCAAACUUUCCCUACACCUACCCCAUUAGAUAAUGUGCAUUUUAUGUUGAGUGGGAGGACAUACACUGAUGGAGACACAUUGCUGAUCACUGAUAUUGGAGAGGAAGAUAACGCUCUGUUGUGUGUGACUGACAAUACUGAGUGCUGUCGCUGAGGUGGCGAUGGAGAGUUCUUCUAUCCUGAUGGUACAGCUGUCGGCUUCUCG